CUCCCUUCUCUUGCCUUUCUCCUUCUUUCUUCUUCCUCCCCACCUUUGUCUACCCUCCAAACAUGGGCGUCCAAAGAGAACCCGGCCAGAAAGGCGUGAACUGGUCCAACAUUGCCGUUGGUGGAAUAAUGAACAUGGUUGACGUCACAACCUUGGGCCAACCUCUGGAGGUUCUCAAGACGCAGAUGGCGGCCAACCGAAACCAGACAAUGGUGCAAGCUUGCAAGGACGUUUGGGCGCGUGGUGGCGUCGUUGGCUUCUAUCAAGGUCUUAUCCCCUGGGCUUGGAUUGAGGCUUCCACCAAGGGAGCUGUCCUGGUUUUCGCUGCCUCUGAAGUCGAAACGGCAUCACUUUCUGCCGGCAUCAACCCCGGGCUCGCUGGCUUGUUGGGUGGAAUGACGGGAGGUGUUGCUCAGGCCUACGCGACCAUGGGUUUCACGACGUGUAUGAAGACGGCGGAAAUUACUCGUGCGAAAACUGCAUCGACGGGAAUCAAGCCACCUUCAACGUGGGCCGUCUUUGCGGACAUUUAUCGUCGGGAGGGUCUCGCCGGUGUUAACAAGGGUGUCAACGCAGUCGCCGUUCGACAAUGCACAAACUGGGGAUCUCGUAUGGGUUUCGCGCGUCUUGCAGAGGAUUCCAUUCGCAAAAUCAGGGGCAGAGGAGAGCAUGAACCGGGUAGCGCAGUCGACAAAAUUCUCUCUUCGUCGAUUGGUGGCGCUCUGGCAACCUGGAACCAACCUAUCGAGGUUAUCCGUGUGGAGAUGCAAAGUAUGGCAAAGGGAACCGCAAACGCUAACCGACCCGCCAAACUGACAAUUCUUAACACCCUCAAGUUCAUUUACACUGAAAACGGGAUCAAGGGAUUAUAUCGCGGUGUAACACCUCGUAUUGCGCUCGGUAUCUGGCAGACGAUUUGCAUGGUGUCAUUUGCGGACUACGUGAAAAUCUGGGUCAAGGGAAGACAGUAGAGGGGUGAUACUUUAUGCAUUGUUUUAUAGAGUUACAAUAUUAUACCAUGGCAUAGUU